AUGAAUUUCGUAGCUGUCCACGAUAAUUCUUAUGAAUCAAUGUGUAAGAAUUUCGUCCUCCCUUUUGUGUUUUCCAAGUUGAUGGAAGAUCCGGAGUCUUUGGUGUCAAGUAUGUGCACCAAAGCGGACGAGAAUAUAUCAAAAUCGAUACUAAACACAAGGGACCAAUUAAUGUUCAAGAGUAAGUCUUUUUUUGAUGCUUUCGAAUCUGAGUUUGCCUAUAAAAAUUGGGUCAAAGAAUUAGAGUCUAGACUUGAUAACAUGGUAAUUGAUCUCCGGGUACUUGUUGAUCAGUCGAACGCCUGCUUUCAAUACUUAAACUAUCCUCAUAGAUUUUUUUACGCAUAUGAUCGAGUAGUUAUUGAUGAAUUUUCAAAGGCGAAGCAGAUUGUUGAUAGAAUAUACAGUAGUUUUAUGCAAAUAUCGAGAUUACCUCAAGAAAUUGUUAAACUCAUUUCACAACUUGGCAGUGUCAUAAUCUUGGAUAACUCUAUUAAAGAGGCUACUGCACACUUUAAAGAACUUUACACUCUGAUCAGUUCCGGAUCACAUUACUACUUCUCUUUGAGGAGGGACCUAACUUUGGCCAUGAAUAUAAGAAUUAUGGAAUCUAAUCUCAGUAGAGUUAGUGCCUUUCUGCCUAACAACAUCGCAUAUAUAAAACAGAGAAUUAACUCUGGGAACCCAUUUGAAGUAAACUUGAAUAAAGCGUCAGUUCUAUAUGAAAGAGGGACUAAUUUUAGGGAUAUAGCAACGCUACUGGAGGCUCAACUCAAUGCUCUUUACAAGAUAAUAUCAAAGACGAAGGACUCUAACUUUAUAAAAUCACUUAAUCUGACUUAG